UUGUCUUUACUUUGCAGACUUGGGAUCCAGAUUUGGCAAAGACCGCAAAAGCUUGGGCAAAGAAAUGCCUGUUUAAACAUAAUACAUACCUCAAAGUUCCGGGGCAGGCUCACCCCAAAUUUACCACCGUUGGAGAAAACCUCUGGACUGGCUCCCUUUCUGCUUUUACAGUGCAAAAAGCCAUCACCUCUUGGUACAACGAGGUCAAAGCCUACAAUUAUGACACCAAUCAGUGCAGAAAAGUAUGUGGCCACUAUACACAGAUUGUUUGGGCUACAAGCUACAAGGUUGGCUGUGCUGUCCACUUCUGCCCCAGCGUGGCUCACUCCUCCAUAACCAACGCAGCACACUUCAUCUGCAACUACGGACCUGCUGGGAAUUACCCCAUGCGCCCGUACAGGUCGGGAGCGGCGUGCAGCGACUGCAACGGCGAGCGGUGUGCAGGCCAGCUGUGUCAAAACGCAGAGCGUGACAAAGUCAUUAGUGAUUCCAAGUGGCGUCCAGAUUGGGACAGACCUGCAUGUGACGAGUACUGCAUCACCGUUAUUGUUUUGAGGCCGUUACUCCUUAUACUGACAAUUCUGGCCACCUGGCUCCUACCAAAAUACUGGUCUAUAGCACCCGCCAGUGAGUGA